AUCUAAGUAGUGAGGCUCUCGCAUUCCAAACCCUUUCCCUCUGCUUGUCGUCCUCUUCUUGUACCUUCUGAUUUCAAUGUCGUCAUCAGAGUUACGAACGGACGGUUUCUGAUUUUUAUUUCUCUUGGCUAAUACUCACACGACUCACUCCUAUUUCUAAUUCGUUGCUCAUUUCGUUCAAGGGCAUGUGAUUUUUGGCAUUUCUUGUGGGGAGUGGGAGUUUGGAGAUUGGGCUGAAUUUUGAGUCGUCAAGAGGAAUGACAACACCUGUCAAUAAUGGUCAUUCUGAAAAAAGCUAUGAGAAGUCAGCGAUGGAAAAUGGGGAGCAUGUUUUCCUUCCUAGGCCUAUGUAUAAGCGGCGUAAGGUUUCUGCCAUACGUGAUUUUCCAGAUGGAUGUGGACCAUUUGCUUUAAGGAUUGAUCCAGUCUUAAAUGUAAAUAAUGUGGGUUGUGGUUCUCUUAAUGGUAUAAUUGCUGAGGAUAAGAAUGGUGAACAUUUAGGGGGUGAUAUUCUUGAAACAUCCGAGUGUGAAAACAAUGGUCAACAUUCUGAGUUAAAAGAUUCGCAUCUUAUUGAGACUCUUGGCCAAAAAAUUGACUGUGGUUUAAAUAAGGAAAACCAUGCGGUCUCAUCUUAUCAAGUGGAUGGGCCUACUGCAGAAAAUGAACCUGCAAAAGUGAGUCUUGGCCAAACAACUGACUAUGGUUUGAAUAAUGAAAACCCUGUGAUCUCAUCUCAUAAAGUGGAUGGGCCUACUGUAGAAGAUGAAGCUGCGAAAGUGACUAUUGGCCAAACAUUUGAUAGCAGUUUGAAUCAGGAAACCCCAGUGGUCUCAUCUCAUCAUCUGGAUGGGUCUAUUGCAGAAGAUGAACCUGCAAAAGUGAUGCUUGGUCAAAAAACUGACUCUGGUUUGAAUCAGGAAAACCCUGUGGUCUCAUGUCAUCAAGUGGACGAGCCUACUGCUGAAGAUGGACAUGUAAAAGUGCCAUUAGUGGACGUGGAAAUUUUGAAUACAGAGUCUGCAAUAACCGUAAACACUGUAAAAUGUGACUCCUCUUAUAUGUUGAAGUCAUAUUCCCCGGGUGAGUUGGCUAUGUUAAGUGGUUCAGAGCCCUUAUCAUUCAAUGUCAACAUAUCUGGUUCCCAUGCUUGCAUGGUGGAGCCUGUAACUAGAAGGUAUCUUCCUCGUCGAAAAGUUUCAGCUGUUAGAAACUUCCCUCUUUCAUGUGGACGCAAUGUCACAUGUCUCAGUAAGAAUGUGUGUCUAGAGGGGAUCCCUUCGGAAAACAAAAAAGUGGGUCAACAGAGCCUUGCUGUAGAUGACAGUCCAUUGAAAAAGGUAGCAGCCACUGAUGCGAAAGAAGUUAAAGAUAACAUUCAAGAUGAAUAUGGUUGCAAGAGAAAGCUUGUGGACAUUGUUCAAACUGAUUCUGAAAGGAAUGCUGUAGAGAGAGUGAAGAAGCUGCAUGUAUUUGAAUCAUCAUCUGAGAUGAAAAUGCUUCCGGAAAACAAGAGACAAAAGUACGUUACACUUCCUGAAAAAAGCAAUCAUCGUCAGGUUAAAAUAAAUUCAAAGGUGGUGGGAGAAGAGGAAAAUAGGGAUGGUGUACCAGUUGACAAAACAUCAGGGCUAGAGAUAUUUGUUCACCCUGUCCAAAGUCUCAAGACAAAGCCUUUGAAUAUGUCUCGUUCUAAGCAAAAGUUGAAGGAAAAUUUCAAUAGAUUGCAGGUCUCAUCAGACAGGAAAGUAGUGCUAGGUUUGAUGGCUAAAUCUGAAUGUCCUUGGAGUUCUGAUAAAGGUUCCUCCAAAUUUAAGUUGGUUGGUGGUAAAAAUGAAGGCAAGAGAAAGAAAGUGGUUUCUUUUGCAUCAUCUGACAGUUCUAAAACAGCUAUCAAGACUAAAGGUGCACCAAAUCAUUCUGGGCAGAAGCCUUUGAAAAAGAAAAAGGGGAAUGCUGCUUCAGGAGGUAUGGAUGAAUUAUUAAUUUGGGAAAAGGAAGAUUGUCUUGACCAUGCUAAAAAUAAUGAAGACCUACAAAUUGUUUUGAAAUCUGAUUUCGAUGUAAAUGUUACUCCCUAUACUCAUUCUAAUUCCACUGGUGAUGAGAAUGAUGCAAAUGUGACCCGUAAAAAGGUGAGGGAAACAUUACAGUUAUUUCAAGUUGUUUCUAGAAAGCUUUUACGGGAAGUAGAAUCAAAGCUAAAUGAGCGAGCAAAUGGUAAGAGGAUUGAUUUACAUGCUGCAAGGAUCCUUAAGGAGAAUGGGAAAUAUGUUAACUUAGGCAAGCAGAUACUGGGUUCUGUCCCCGGGGUUGAAGUUGGUGAUGAAUUUCAAUAUAGGGUGGAGCUUAAUAUAGUUGGUCUUCAUCGUCAGAUUCAGGGUGGUAUAGAUUAUGUGAAGCACGAUGGUAAGAUCCUUGCAACUAGUAUUGUUGCGUCAGGUGGCUAUGCAGAUGAUUUGGAUAAUUCAGAUGUCUUGAUAUAUACAGGGCAGGGUGGGAAUGUGAUGAACAAUGAUAAAGAACCUGAAGAUCAGAAGCUUGAGCGGGGCAAUCUAGCUCUGAAGAACAGUAGUAAGGAAAAGAAUCCUGUUAGGGUGAUACGUGGCACUGAAUCGAUGGAUGGAAAGUGCAAGACAUAUGUUUAUGAUGGACUGUAUGAAGUUGAGUCAUGUUGGCAGGAUGUGGGACCACAUGGGAAGCUGGUUUUUAAGUUUCGUCUGCGAAGAAUCCCUGGUCAACCAGAGCUUGCUUUGAAAGAAGUGAAGAAAUCUAAGAAGUUCAAGACAAGAGAAGGUGUAUGUGUUGAUGAUAUUUCUUAUGGAAAAGAACGAAUUCCCAUAUGUGCUGUGAACACCAUAGAUGAUGAAAAACCCCCACAGUUUAAUUACAUAACUAGUAUGAUAUACCCCAAUUGUCGUCUUGAUGAUCCAGAAGGAUGUGAUUGUACUAAUGGAUGCUCUGACUUAGGGAAAUGCUCAUGUGGAGUGAAAAAUGGGGGAGAGAUCCCAUUCAAUCACAAUGAGGCUAUUGUACAAGCAAAACCUCUAGUCUAUGAGUGUGGUCCUACUUGUAAGUGUCCUUCAACAUGCCACAAUAGAGUCAGUCAACUUGGCAUAAAGUUUCAACUUGAAAUUUUCAAAACCAGUACAAGGGGAUGGGGUGUGAGAUCCCUGAAUUCAAUCCCUUCGGGAAGUUUUAUCUGCGAAUAUAUAGGAGAGCUUCUUGAAGACAAGGAAGCUGAACAAAGAACUGGUAAUGACGAGUAUCUUUUUGAUAUUGGAAAUAACUUCGGCAACAACACUCUUUUGGAUGAACUUUUGACUGUCAUGCCUGAUGCACAGACAAGUUCCUGUGAAGUUGUGAAGGAUGGUGGGUUCACCAUUGACGCUGCUCAGUUUGGUAACGUGGGUAGAUUCAUUAAUCAUAGUUGCUCCCCUAAUCUUUAUGCUCAGAAUGUCCUUUAUGAUCAUCAUGACAACAGAAUGCCUCACAUAAUGUUCUUUGCUGCUGAGAAUAUUCCUCCCUUACAAGAGCUGACUUACGAUUAUAAUUAUGCAAUAGAUCAAGUCCGUGAUUCUGAUGGCAAUGUAAAAAAGAAGUAUUGCUAUUGUGGUUCCGUGGAAUGCACUGGCAGGAUGUAUUGAGGGCGGAUAAUUAAUGGAGUAGCGUUAUUUUACAGUCAAUGCAUACUAUAAUAACCAAAAAAUU